UGAAGAGAAAGUCUGAGGAGUUCCCCUUGUCUUCCACCCCGUGGAGCCCGUACUACAAAGGCUACCAGGCGCUGCGAACGGGCGUCUUGAAGCACUUGCCCGGUAGCAACUUGUACUGGAGCAAGAUGGAGGCCGAAAAUUUGGUCCAAACGGAGACCACCUACGGAGCAGGCUGUAAUGUAGUUGAGGACAGCACGACCACUUCUGGCGGAGUACUAGAACAAGCCGGAACUACUGCCUUGUUGGUGAAAAAGCACCACAUCACGGG